AUGCUGAAAAAUGUCCCCUGUUUUGAAAAGGGCGAAAAUAAUUCAGCAGUUUCUCAAGUGGAAAAUCUUGUUGAAUAUCUUCGCAAGUGCCUACGGAUCGCAAAGGACCACGAAAUGUUUGCCAUUCUACAGAACGAACUGAGCAACCUGGAAGAGAUGAACAAACUAAAAACACAUGAAUUGGUUCUUUUAUUUGCCCUGAAUGCAUUUAUGAUUGCAUUUGGAGCUUUUGGAGCCUUCUGUGUCAUUGCGGUUGAGAUUCGCAAGCGUCGUAUGCGGACAGCCCAAAACCUGUUCACCCUCAAUCUCGCAGUCAGUGACCUCACACUUUGUCUGUUCACACAGCCCUUCAACUUGAUUCGCACCCUGCACUGGCACUACGAAUGGAACUUUGGAGAAUUCAUGUGCAAAUUUACCGCGUUCGCACAGGCUACAAAUGUGUUUGUUGCAACAAUGAGCAUAACGGCUAUAGCCGUAGACAGAUUUAGGGUGAUUAUACAUCCGUUGCGUUCUAAACGUCCCUGGCACAAACCGGCGUUUGUUCUUCCACUAAUUUGGUUGAUCGCUUUCAUAAUGGCCAGUCCAAUGCUAGCAUUCUCCUCCGUCACUACGAGUUUUUCCAUUCAACAGCGAAAGUUGUGCACUGAGAGCUCCAACUCGAUUCCUCAACUGCAGCACAUCAAGUACGCCUACGGCAUCUUCACCAUCAUUCUGCAGGGAAGCGAAUUAGUCUGGUGGCUCGACACCUUUCCCUGGGAAGCCGAGGCAGCCAUGGUGACUGCGUCAGAUCCACAAAGAACCAACGUCGUCAGCUGCAACUACGACGCCAGCGACGUGCGAACAUCCUACUCACGGGAUGUGCAGGGUGCUGCAGGAAAUACUACGAUAGCGACUUCAGAAAACGAACGGGACCAAGAGGGGGCUGGGGCUGCGACUUCAGACGUUGGUCAACACAGCGACUACUCUUCACCUCACAGUGCCAGGGUCAUAACACUGAUCCAGUCCUUCUGCCUGCUCUGUGUUCUAUUCUCUUGUUGCUUGAAUCCAUUUCUUUAUGGCUUUCUAAAUGACGAUUUCAGGGCUGAGUGCAUAGGAGCCCUAUGCUGUAGGCCUCCCAAGCAGGAAAUUUCGUCGUCCGUCGGAUGCUGA